AUGGCGGUGCCGGACGAGGCGGCGGUCGGCGACGGCCGGCCGGUGGCGAUGAAGAAGUCGGCGUGGACCAAGGAGGAGGACGCCAUGCUGCGGGAGCAGGAGGACGAGAAGAUCAUCGCGUCCUACCGCAUGUUCGGCAGCAAGUGGGCCACCAUCGCGGGCUUCCUCCCGGGCCGCACCGACAACGCCAUCAAGAACCGCUGGCACUCCGUCCUCAGCAAGGUGUACCAGCAGCAGCAGCGGGCGGCUGCACCCAUCCGCCGCCUCCCCGACGGGACGUUGGUUCUGUUUCCUUUGACGCCGGGGGAUGUCAAGGCGUUCGGCAUGGACACCAGCCCAGUGCUCCGCCACCCGCCGCCCGGGGUUGAUCUGAGCGGCGAGUGCCUGAACCUGUUUCCGCUGGUGACGGGGGAUCUCGUCAGGGGCAAUAAAAUAAUGCGAGCGAGGCGGCGGUGA